AUGAAGAUAAUUUCCGAGAAGGAUUUUCCACAAGAUUCAUCCAUCAACACGGUUGUCGAUGACGACUAUGAUAAUACACCAGAAGAAAAUAUAGGGGAGAAUUGUGCACAUCGACGUGUUUUUAGAGGAAAGUGUGUCAGCUGUAAGAGGCUGGCAUUCAAGUACGUUCAUGAGGGUAUGCGGUUGUUGUGGGUUACCAAAGAUGAGAUGGAUCGGAUUCGGAAGGUAGAGUCCGCGAAAUUGUUACAAGAUAAGAAGAUGGUCUUGGUUCUUGAUCUAGAUCAAACUCUGAUUCAUUCAACAACAAAAGAAAGAUAUCUGAGAACCCCUCAAGAACUCUUGCAAAAUAACUUAAAGGAUAGCCUAUUCCGUCUGAGUCAACCUUGGGAAAUGAUAAUGGUCAAGUUGAGACCUUCCGUUCACACUUUUCUGAAAGAAGCAAGUACUAUGUUUGAGAUUUACAUGUGUACAAUGAGUACACGAAGUUAUGCAUUGCAAGUUGCUGAGCUUCUUGACCCUGAAAGCGUUUACUUCAAGUCAAUCAUUACACGUGAAGAUUUACUUGAAACAAGCGAAAAGAAUCUUGAUCUUGUGCUAAGGGAGGAACGCAUGGUUCUUAUUAUUGAUGAUACCAUAAGCGUGUGGAGUGAGCAUGAAUUAAACUUGAUUCAUAUUAAGAAGUAUCAUUACUUUGAUUCAGAUCAUGACUGGAGUGUUGUUUCUCUUUCUGCAUUGGGCACUGAUGAAGGUGAGACCACUGGUAAGCUCACCACCGUUCUUCAACAACUUAAACUAAUACACAGACUGCUUUUCAACCCAAAAUUUGAAGGUGGACUUCAGGAUAGAGAUGUUAGAGACAUACUUGAUCGCCUUAGUGUUCUCCAAGGGUGUACAUUAUCCUUCAAACAUAUUUUCCCUUCUGAUUUUAGGCCCAAAAAUUCGCGUCUCUGGUUGAUGGCAGAGGAGUUAGGGGCCAAAGUUUCUAUGGAUAAUUUGAUAAACCCCAUCACACAUGUGGUCACUUGGUUUGCCACCGCGGAGGAGUUUCAGGAGGCAGAGAGGGAAAAAAUUAUUUUGGUCCAUCCAAAGUGGUUACGUGCUUGCUACAUUGCAUCAGAAAGGGUAUCUGAAAAAAAGUAUCUGAUUAAGCCGAAAGAUUCAAGUUGA